AGAAAGGGAGAGCGGCGCGGAGAUCGAAAGAGACCCGAGAUAAAGCUUGAGAGCAGAAAUAAUUGAGGCGGGGGGCGGGACGAGAAGAAGGACUGGGAGGAAAGAGAAAGAGGCUCGGAGGAAGGGAAGUGAGUUUGUGCGCGUGAGUGUGUGCGUGUGUGCAGGGCGGGCGGGGGGCGGGCUCCGGGCUCCCUCCUCCCAGCCCGCUCCUCUCGCUGGCUCGCCAACUCCGGGCCCCAGCCGCGGGCGGGCGCACGGCGGGCGGGCAGCAUGCUGAGCCUCCUCGUCUGGAUCCUCACUCUCUCCGACACUUUCUCCCAAGGGACCCAGACCCGCUUCAGCCAGGAGCCAGCCGACCAGACUGUGGUUGCCGGACAGCGGGCUGUGCUCCCCUGUGUGCUCCUCAACUACUCUGGGAUCGUGCAAUGGACCAAGGAUGGGCUGGCCCUGGGUAUGGGCCAGGGUCUCAAAGCUUGGCCACGGUACCGGGUCGUGGGCUCUGCGGACGCCGGACAGUACAACCUGGAGAUCACAGAUGCCGAGCUCUCUGACGACGCUUCUUAUGAGUGCCAGGCCACGGAGGCUGCCCUGCGCUCCCGGAGGGCCAAACUCACUGUGCUCAUCCCCCCGGAGGACACCAGGAUUGAUGGAGGCCCUGUGAUUCUGCUGCAGGCGGGCACCCCCCACAACCUCACAUGCCGAGCCUUCAAUGCCAAGCCUGCAGCCACCAUCAUCUGGUUCCGGGAUGGGACGCAGCAGGAGGGUGCUGUGGCCAGCACGGAACUGCUGAAGGAUGGAAAGAGGGAGACCACCAUCAGCCAGCUGCUCAUUAACCCCACAGACCUGGAUAUUGGACGUGUCUUCACCUGUCGCAGCAUGAAUGAGGCCAUCCCCAGUGGCAAGGAGACUUCCAUUGAGCUGGAUGUGCAUCACCCUCCUACAGUGACCCUGUCCAUUGAGCCACAGACGGUGCAGGAAGGCGAGCGUGUUGUCUUCACAUGCCAGGCCACAGCCAACCCUGAGAUCCUGGGCUAUAGGUGGGCCAAGGGGGGAUUCCUGAUUGAAGAUGCCCACGAGAGCCGCUACGAGACAAAUGUUGAUUACUCCUUCUUCACGGAGCCCGUGUCUUGUGAGGUCCACAACAAAGUGGGGAGCACCAACGUCAGCACUUUAGUAAAUGUCCACUUUGCCCCUCGGAUUGUAGUUGACCCCAAGCCCACAACCACAGAUAUUGGCUCUGAUGUGACACUCACCUGUGUCUGGGUUGGGAAUCCCCCUCUCACCCUUACCUGGACCAAAAAGGACUCAAACAUGGGGUCCAGGCCUCCUGGCUCCCCACCCGAGGCUGCUCUCUCUGCCCAGGUCCUGAGUAACAGCAACCAGCUGCUUCUGAAGUCGGUGACCCAGGCAGAUGCCGGCACCUACACCUGCCGGGCCAUUGUGCCUCGCAUCGGAGUGGCUGAGCGGGAAGUGCCACUUUAUGUGAAUGGGCCCCCCAUUAUCUCCAGCGAGGCGGUGCAGUAUGCUGUAAGGGGCGACGGAGGCAAAGUGGAAUGUUUCAUAGGGAGCACUCCACCACCCGACCGCAUCGCUUGGGCAUGGAAGGAGAACUUCCUAGAGGUGGGGACCCUGGAACGAUACACGGUGGAGAGGACCAACUCGGGCAGUGGGGUGUUGUCCACCCUCACCAUCAACAAUGUCAUGGAGGCUGACUUCCAGACCCACUACAACUGCACUGCCUGGAACAGCUUUGGGCCAGGCACAGCCAUCAUCCAGCUGGAAGAGCGAGAGGUGUUACCUGUGGGCAUCAUUGCUGGGGCCACCAUUGGCGCAGGCAUCCUGCUCAUCUUCUUCUUCAUCGCCUUGGUGUUUUUCCUCUAUCGACGCCGCAAAGGCAGUCGAAAGGAUGUGACCCUGAGGAAACUGGACAUCAAGGUGGAAACAGUGAACCGAGAGCCACUCACGAUGCAUUCUGACCGGGAAGAUGAUACUGCUAGCGUCUCCACGGCGACCCGGGUCAUGAAGGCCAUCUACUCGGUGACCUCUGGGCAUGGGGACGGGGUUGGCGAGGGGGGACAAGAGCAGGGCCCCCACCUCCUGACACCCGCUCCUGCCGCUCUGCAGUCCUUUAAGGAUGAUGUGGAUCUGAAGCAGGACCUGCGCUGUGACACCAUCGACACUCGGGAGGAGUAUGAGAUGAAGGACCCCACUAAUGGCUACUACAAUGUGCGUGCCCACGAAGACCGCCCAUCCUCCAGGGCAGUGCUCUAUGCUGACUACCGUGCCCCUGGCCCUGCCCGUUUUGAUGGUCGCCCCUCAUCCCGUCUCUCCCACUCCAGCGGCUAUGCCCAGCUCAAUACCUACAGCCGGGCCCCUGCCUCCGACUAUGGCCCUGAGCCCACAGCCCCUGGCCCUGCUGCCCCUGCUGGCACCGACACAACCAGCCAGCUCUCCUACGAGAACUACGAGAAGUUCAAUUCCCAUCCCUUCCCCGGGGUACCCACCUAGACAGAUGGAAAACAGGAUAGCCCAUCCAGUCCCUUUGUUUGCUUUUAUGUCUUAGAUGCAUCUGUCCCUUAGGGCACUGCAGAAGGGACCUUGGGUUUAUGUUGGCUCUUGUCUACAGAACAACCCUGGCACUGAGUUCAACUCCAGCCUCCACUCGGCUGGGAUCAAAAUGCUGGUCACUCUAGCUGUCACUGUGGACAUCUGUCUGUCAGCGUGCAGAGGGAUCCAGAAAUCUCCAGUAGCACAGCUCCCUUCCCUUCUUCCCCUGCUGGGGCCAGCCAGAUAAGUUGCAAUUGUGGUGGAGAAGGAAAGGUCAGGACCCUGUCCUGAUUGAUCAGCAAAAGACCACUGUGCGCUGUGUGGCAGUUCCCAGAACCAACACUAGAGGGAGGCACUCAAGCCCCUUUCUCUCCCCGUCUGCCCCAUUUCCUCACUUUAACCCUUGAACCUCCUCUGGGAGUAGUAGGUUGAGGUAGGGGUGUUGUAGGCUAUUUUUCAAAAGCAACAAAAAAACAAUUAAAACCUCAUUUGGAAAGAAGCUGUAGGGGUUACCCCGCCCCAAUACAAGUCCCAGUGGAAAGAAAAAGGGAUACCUGUUCUUCUCCACCAAGUUCCUGGCACCCUCCAUUACCCUUUCAGUCUCCAAGCACUUUGAAUCCAUUUUAUACAUUCAGGUGGUCCAGGUGGGCUCUGACAGGGUUAGGGAAGGGCAUAGUUCUCUGACUUUGCUGUCGUACCCUAAGCCCCACCAGCUGGUUAGGGCCCACCUUCCAGCCGGGCAUGGGAGAUGUUCUCUCCAGGGAAGUUUUGGUUUAAGUGUCUUUCCCCCGCCUUGGACCAAUCAGAUUCCUUCUUCCACUUCAGUGCCUUGAGUGUCUAGCUUUGGAUGACCAUCCCUGUGUGGGCGGUUGUGCAGGGAGCGGUACUUGGGAAGCUUCAGACAGGCUGUCAAGUGUUACUGUGUCAGAGGAGAGCCAGGUGAGGGGACCUGGAGCGGAAGCGGGCCUGGUAGUGGCUCUGAAGGAGAACUCAGUGCUGAUCGGAUGGAGAAGGUGGCGCGGAAGGUACUGCAGGCAUUCCAAAGCUCGUGCUCUUGUCCCACCCCCACGUGCACGCAUGCCCACACACAUUCCACGCAAUCGCUUCUCAACCACCACCUUCUGACCAAAGAGAACAGGCGCCCCAAAGAGAAUCUGUACCCUUGCCCAGGCCUUGUCUUCCCAAGGAGCCGCGUCUGCAGUUCGCCUCCCCACCCACUGCCAGCCCGAUGAGAGGGGAGCUUCGUUGCAACUCCCAGAAUCCUCCUUGCCCUUUCUCGGUGGUCACCAUUCAUUAGUCAUGUUCGCUUUAAUGAGUUACAUGCUCAUCAGCCACGGGCCAUCACCACCCUUACAGAUGGGUCUGUGGGGUGACAUUCCCAGCCAUUCCCUUGCUGGUGAAGACCACGUAGUACCCGGGAAGCCAGUAGCUGCAGUUCCAGCCUGUCUCUGCAUCCUCCUCCGCUUCAGUGGGACAGUCCCUGUGAAAUGGGACCUACCUGCGACAUUUGCAGGUUUCCAGCUAUAGUCCAUCCCUGGAAGCUCAUACACUCCUACAACAUCCUUUCAUGGGAGCACAGUGAGAAGAUGUCCAGAAUGCAGAUUCCUGUGCAGAUAAAUUUGUGCAAAUUUUCAUAGAUACCAGAAGCUAUGGCUAAUUCAAACUAAUUCAAUUUAAGUCUAAAUAGGGUGACUCUUAAAACAGGAGUAUUCAAAAAAAAUAUUCGUUUUUGUUUGAGAUUUGGCCAGAUUCUCAUAUCCUCUUUUGGGGUUUAAAUGGUGGGAACUGCAUGGUGAACCAAGUGGAAUAGCUUAUCUAGGGAGGGGAAGAUGCCCUUGAACAGGGGGUUCUAUUAUCUGAAGCUGUAGUUCCCAGCAGAACUUGGCAAUCCUGAUUCCCUUUAAUGUUACCAUUUAGUGGGAAGAGAAAGGGGCUAGUGGUCAGGAGAUCCAGAAUCCAGUUCUGAUGCUGUCAUUUAUAGUGACCUGUCCUGACCUCUAUGUUCAUCUCCUCCAAUUUUUUCUGUCCUGCAAAAUGAGGGGAUAGAGUUGCACAAACCUGUAAUGAUUCUGUUUUUGCUUUGUUCACUUGGGGAGGUAUGGUGAGGGACUGUGCUUCUCUGACAAGGAGUUGGGAGCAGUAAGCAAUUGGUGAGGGUUGGGGAGCUGAGGGGUUCUCCCCUAUUGAAAGAAGCUUUCACCAUGUGCUCAUUAUCUUGUCAGAAGUGUUGUGAAUUAAUUUCUACUAGGAACCCCUUUAUUGCAAGCAGCAACAGCUACCCUAGUUUUCUGUGCUGCUCCCCACAUGAUUCUGACAGGUUUGCAAAGGAGACUGACUAGGGAAGGGCAUGGUGGAUUUCCUUUACUUGCUCCCAGGUUACAAGCAUCUCUUUGGUUGGGGGUGGUGAUGGGUCCUCUGGAACACUUUACAGCCCAAAGGACAGCUCAUCCUGCUUACUGAACAAGGCAAAGCCUACAGUCCCAGCUGUCUUGAGCUGGGGUGGGAAUGGGUCCAGCUGACCCCUUUGAGGGAGCAGGUAGAGGGAAGAGGAGGUCAGUGGUUUUGACAUAAGCUUUGGGUCUCAAAGAGAUUCUUAUUACCUUGGAUGACCUAUGGUCUCAGCUUGUGAAGUGCCCAGACUGCAUCCUAAAUACUGGAUCCCUCAAAGUCCAACCAUAGAGUUUGCAUGAAACGAAACCCAUCAUGGUGAGAAAGGACAGCAGUAGUCAGGGAUGAGAUCAGUACUAGGCUCCCUCAAUUAUCAAACUUGGAAUGAAAGGUUAGUUUGACCACCCCGUGUCCCAGCCGUACUCUCUCCUCAUCCAGCAGUUGCUGCUUUCCUUAAAAUUUUGAGGGAAGCCUUUUCUGCCUUUCAGGAUGGGGCACGGUUGCAGGGUUGUCUCUGGCCCUCCAUCCCUGUUGUGAAACUGCAGACACUGUCAGGAGCAUCAAGUCCUGGGCUCCUUAAAACAGUCAGAUGGUCUCUCCAUACACCUGGCCACAAACAGCAAGGUUAGACCAUUGGGGUUCGAUGAAACCCUUGUUAAAGCCAAGACCCCAAAUGGGAAUGAGCUGACUUGGUCACAGCCUUCAUUCUAUGGCUGAACUACAGGACCUCCCAAAGCCACCCCAGGCUCAGAAACCCUGGUCCUCUAUCAUUUCAGUUCCGUGUGACCUGAGGCAGGUCAUUGCUCUGUGCCUCUGCAGGCGAUUCUACGUGUUGGAGAAAUCACUCCAGAGAAUUAGUAAGGCUCCUGACCCUGGUGUGCCCAGUGCGGAGGUGAUGGGGGAACAAUGAGGUACACAGACAAAUCGAUGUCAUUAGAAAGACAUUUAUUUUUGUGAAAAGGCUAUAAAAUUGGCAUCUAUAGAUCUCAUUCCCUUCUCCAUUCCCCUCAUGGUAUUUCUCUCGUCAAAGUCAGACUGUUUCUGAGGUCAUUAACUCACCUCUGGCAGCUUGGUUCUGACACUCAGCCUCUGGGCUGGUGAGGAGAACAGAGAUGUGUGGCUUGGGAGAUUUCUGAAUUUGGGAGAUGGGGCAGAAUCCCAUUUUCUCGCAUCACUGUGAGGGAACUCCAGGCCCUGCCGCUGGAGAAAUAAUUGCUGCACAGAAGUCACAGGCCAUAGUGGGCAGUUCUGGUACAAGCCUGCCCUUAAAAAUAAUAACAACAAUAAUAAUAACUCCAUGUGCAUAGAACUGUCAUUCAUUCCUACCAGUCUGCUGUUCCCCAUCCCUGGGCUUUUUGCUGGGCCCUGACCACUGGUCUCUGCAUUGGUGGGUCAGGGUCCUUCCUAUUGGCUUCUGGAGCUUUCAGAUUCAGCACCUGGGAACACACAAACUCUGGGGAAAGAAUAGCCAAAUUGCCAAUACAAUCAAACUUUUGACACAAUCUCGUUAGCAAUAGUGACCCAGAAGAUUUUUGCUGCCUCCAACUUCACCAGGAAGAGGCCCAAGGCUCCCUGUGGUCACAUUUUCUACCCCUUUCUUGGGAUUGCAACCUCUAUUUCUGGCUCCAGUUGAAUUUUCUCUGCCCAAAUCCCAAUAAAUGGAUCCAUGAAGAUAAUUAAGAGAAGAAGAAAAAAAAUAUUAUUUUUGUUAGGACAAACCAUCGUAGAUUUUUAGCAAUGUGUAUUUGUGUGUCCCUCACACCUUUUCCUAUUCUGCCUUUUUUUUCUUUUUUUUUAAAUAUUAUGUACUAUAUUUUUAGUCUCAAACACACUAUAUAUUAUAUAU